AUGGAUUUAGCUAAGUCUUUAUUUGAAAAUAGAAAUCACGAAGGUUAUGUUGGAAAAGAUGCCCACACUAGGCGAGAAUUUGAAUUGGCUAUAGAGCCUGAUGAUAUGGAUGAUAGUUUUUCUGAAGGUUUAAAUUUGAAUGAUAUGUUAAUACCUACGCCGGGUGGUCCUUUUUCUGCUUUGACACCUAGUAUGUGGCCCCAAGACAUUAUGGCAAAACAGUCGGUUGUACCAGAUGAUCCCAAUUCACAACCUGAAUAUAGGUUUGAUGAAUUUGGAUUUCGUGUCGAUGAAGAAGAUGGCCCCGAGCAAAGUUCAAACAAACUCCUUGGCAUCCCAUUUGUAGAAGAUCCUCAACACAGACUGCAGUGGGUGGCACAUUUAGAAUUCUCUCAUAACAAAGAGGUAUCAGAUUUAACGUGGGAUAAAGUAGAACUUAGAUUACCUAGAACAGACAAACUCCUCACCAUGGUAAAGUCGGGUAUUCCUCAUUCAUUAAGGGCUCAAAUGUGGAUGAGAAUGUCCGGAGCUUUAGAAAAGAAACAACAAUCUGAGUUGUGCUAUAAAGAUAUUGUUAAAAUGUCCAGUAAUGAUUCUCUUAUGACAUCUAAGCAAAUUGAAAAGGAUUUAUUGCAUACAAUGCCUACAAAUGCUUGUUACAGUCAUAUUAAUAGUACAGGAAUUCCUAGAUUACGGAGAAUUUUACGAGGCAUUGCCUGGUUGUAUCCAGAUAUAGGUCAUUGUCAAGGAAUGGGUAUGAUAGGUGCGUCAUUAUUAUUAUUUAUGGAAGAAGAAAAUGCCUUUUGGAUAAUGGUAACAAUUGUAGAAGAUCUAUUGCCAGCAUCAUAUUAUAGUUCAACACUGCUCGGUAUACAAGCAGAUCAGCGGGUACUACGGACAUUAAUUACAAAUUAUCUGCCUGACCUGGAUGAAACCUUGAAGAACCAUGACAUCGAAUUGUCACUGAUAACGUUACAGUGGUUUCUAACAUUAUUUGCAAGUGUAGUGCACAUGAAAAUAUUGCUAAGGAUCUGGGACUUGUUCUUUUUUGAAGGCUCUAUCGUUUUAUUCCAAAUUACCCUUAGCAUGCUUAAAAUGAAAGAGCCACAACUUAAGGAACUGGAAAAUGCUGCUCAAAUAUUUAAUGCGCUCUCGGACAUUCCGGGAUAUAUUGAUGAUGUAGAUAAACUAUUAGAGAUAUCAACUCAAUUAACAAACUCGUUGAACGAGGUCAUGAUAGACACGUAUCGAAGACGUCAUCUUGCUUAUUUGAUGGCUGACCAAGGAACUUUAGUUGGAAAUCCAGAGGCUGCUCCCAACCUUCCAAAACAACACUUGGCAAGGCGCCAAGUAAAGAAAAAUAAAUCUGUAAUACAACUUCUACUUUUCAAUGAAAAUGCUGAAGAUGAUAUAAAGAGUAAAAAUAUAAAACAAACUGAAAUUUUGGUUGAUCUCCGAGAAGCGAUUUUACAAAUUGCUAGGCAUUUUUUACAGCUGGAUCCAAAAUUAAGUUCAGAAAUUAGUUUGGUUGCUGAUUAUUCUAUGGAGAGCCAUGCAAAUGACCACGCUAAUUACAUAAAUGUUUCUAAAACUCGAAAAAGAAGAGCUAAAGCUCUGUUAGAUUUUGAAAGACAUGAUGAUGAUGAACUUGGAUUCAGGAAAAAUGAUAUAAUUACUAUAAUUAGCCAAAAAGAUGAACAUUGUUGGGUAGGAGAAUUAAAUGGUUUAAGAGGUUGGUUCCCAGCUAAGUUUGUUCAAUUGUUAGAUGAAAGAAGUAAGCAAUACAGUAGUGCUGGGGAUGAUAGUAUAUCAGAAACAGUUACUGAUUUGGUUAGAGGCACAUUGUGUCCCGUAAUUAAACAGGUUUUAGAGCAUGGAAUGAAACGUCCAAAUUUCUUAGGUGGCCCCUGCCAUCCAUGGCUUUUUAUAGAAGAAUCUGCUACCAAGGAAGUGGAGAAAGAUUUCAACUCGGUUUACAGCAGACUUGUGCUAUGUAAAACUUAUAGAUUAGACGAAGAUGGAAAAGUUUUAACACCAGAAGAGUUACUCUACCGCUGUGUGCAAGCUAUAAAUUUAUCUCAUGAUAACGCACAUGCUCAGAUGGAUGUAAAACUUCGUUCUCUGAUCUGCAUGGGUCUCAAUGAACAGGUCCUCCAUUUAUGGCUAGAAGUACUUUGUUCUUCAAGUGAAGUGGUCCAAAAAUGGUAUCAUCCCUGGUCAUUUGUGUAUAGUCCUGGAUGGGUACAGAUUAAAUGUGACCUAAGAAUUUUGUCACAGUUAUCCUUUAGCUUAAAUCCAGAUUGGGAAUUACCAGUUAAAAAAGAAACAAACAACCAACCACUCAAGGAUGGAGUACGUGACAUGCUGGUUAAGCAUCAUUUAUUUAGUUGGGAUAUUUAAUAUUCUUAAAUUAAAUUUCAAAAAAUAUUGCCCUGAAACAUUUUAUCUACUUAUUAUUUUUUUAACAGUU